CGCGCCCUACAGUGUUCCAUUGUGAUAGUAAAAUCUGCCGUGGAAUGUUUUUUGACCCGAAAGCAGCAGGAUGGAAGAUCAGAAGGUGGCUCGUUGUUUGGAUGAGCUACGUAAAAUCAUCACCACUCUGGCCCUGAAAAAUGAAGAGAUUCAAAAUUUUGUCUAUAGUCUGAAGCAGAUGUUGCAGAAUGUUGAGGAUAAUUCCACGCGUGUUCAGGGUGAAUUAGAAGGGGAAUUUCAGUCUCUCUAUAGCGUACUGGAUCAGCUAAAGGAGGGUAUGCUUAUGAAGAUCAAGCAGGACCGUGCCAGCCGUAUAUAUGAAUUACAGAAUCAGCUGACCGCCUGCGUUAAAGCAUUGGAAAGCUCGGAGGAACUCCUAGAAACUGCAAACCAAACCCUGACAGCAUGCGAGACAGAUGGCUUUUCUCAGGCUGCCAAGGAGAUAAAGGAUUGUGUUACCAUGGCCCCAGCAUUCCGUCUGUCCCUAAAGGCGAAAGUGACUGAUAAUAUGAGUCACUUAAUGGUGGAUUUUACGCAGGAGCGGCAUCUGCUUCAGAAACUCCACUUUCUUCCUGUCCCCAGCACACCAGAGAUCAUGACGUCUGAGUGUCUUGUCGCAGAUAAUUGUGUAUCUCUGGUAUGGAAAAUGCCAGAGGAGGAGCAUAUUGGAAUACAGCAUUACGUUCUUGAACAUCGUAAAACCAACUUUCCAGGACCACCUCGUGCCAAGGAAGAGCAGCCAUGGAUGGUGGUUGAGGGCAUAAAGACAACUGAAUACACACUGACCUGUCAACGCUUUGACAUGAAAUAUAUGAGCUUCAGAGUCAAAGCCUGUAAUAAAGCUGUGAGUGGGGACUUCUCUGAACCAAUCACAUUGGAGACUCCAGCUUUCUGGUUUCGUUUGGAUUCUGGAAGUUCUCAUCAGAACCUACGAGUGGAGGAAACAAGCGCAGAGUGGGAUGCCCUGGGAGGUAAAGUUCAGGAUGUAAAGAACAGAGAGAAGGAAGGGAAAGCAAGGGGAGCCUCACCCUGCAACUCUCCUGCCAGAUCUGUCCAGUCCCCUAAAAGAAUGUCGUCAUCUCGUGGCGGUAGAGACAGAUUCACUGCUGAAUCCUACACUGUAUUAGGAGAUUGUUUAAUAGAUGAUGGGGAGUGUUACUGGGAGGUGCGAUAUGACACAGACAGUAAGGCCUUUGCAGUAGGAGUGUCAUAUCGCAGCUUGGGAAAGUUUGACCAGCUAGGAAAGACUUCAUCUUCCUGGUGCCUUCACGUGAAUAACUGGCUGCAGGUAGCAUUCACUGCAAAACACGGGAAUAAAGCCAGAGUACUGGAUGUACCCCUACCAAGCAGGAUUGGGAUCUACUGCAACUACCAGGAGGGUAUCCUUUCUUUCUACAAUGCUACCAACAAGCAGAUGUUGCACACAUUUCGCGCAAAGUUCACACAACCUCUUCUGCCAGCAUUCAUGGUAUGGUGCGGUAGUUUCUCUGUCCACCCCGGACUCCAGGUACCCAGCUGUGUGAGAAGUCUCCAGAAGCGCAACAGUACUACCAGUAGCUCCACCACAAGCCUUACCUAACAACCAGAGCAUAAUGCUGUGUUAUCCCCAUUGCCAACUACCCCAAAUCCACUACUUGAUUUAUCCCAAUAUUAUUUUCCUGUUUUACAGAAAUGUGAAUGUUAUUGGCUACUGCUGUGAGAUUGUAUUCCUCCAGCAUUUACUCAUAGAGAAAUGCACAGCACCGCUACGGAAUAUGACGGCACUAUAUAAAACAAUAAAUAAUAAUUUAUGAGCAUA